GUUUCUUGAAUCAUUGUACGCAUCAACGCACGAUUGGCGUUGCGUAUUUUUGGGAAACACAGCGAUGAUUCUCAGCUGUACGGUAAUAUGUAUGUUCAAUGGAGGUAUAGACAUGCUGCUAAACAGAUGUAACCUGUUGUUCCCGGUUCGCGGCAGCGACGUGUUACAAAUGUGAAGUAAUUGUUCAAUAAUUAAGUCUCGCGGUGAAAAAUACAAAUAAUUAUGAAAGAACUACAGUUAGGAAAUGAAGAGUUAUCUAGUGGCGUUGAGAAACGAACCUCUAAUAUCGGUUUAAUCUUUGUUGGACUUACUGGCGGUGCAGCUGUCGCCAUCAGUGCAGUAUGUCUUCCGUUUGUGAGUCCAGCACUGCGCAAGGUUUGUUUACCGUAUGUGCCGGCAACCACUCAGCAAGUUGAAAAUGUUCUAAGAGCAUUGAAGGGGCGCUCAGGAACCUUGGUGGACCUGGGUAGUGGAGACGGACGCAUAGUUUUCGCAGCUGCAAAAAAUGGAUUUAAGGCAGAUGGUAUCGAAUUAAAUCCAUGGCUCAUAGCGUACUCACGAUUUACCGCUAUAAUGCGAGGAUUAUCAUCAAGAGUCACCUUUUUUAGAAAAGAUCUUUGGAAAUUUAAUUUGGAAAAGUACGAUAACGUUGUUAUAUUUGGAGUGCAGCAAAUGAUGGACGAAGUGGAAGAGAAAUUUAACUCAGAACUAAAGAGAGAUAGUUUGAUAGUAGCUUGUCGUUUUCCAUUACCCAACUUGGAACCUGUUGCAAUAUUCGGACAUGGGGUUGAUACUGUUUGGGUCUACAAAAGUGCAGCUUCACCAAAGUAUACUAUCAAUUUUUGGACACCAUAAGAAAAAAAAAAUAAAUUCGUCUUUUUUUGAAACACCCUAAUAUACAUAUAUAUACAUUGUGAUAAUAAUGUACCAAAAAUGUUUUAUUAAAUUCUUGAUACUUACAAACAAGUCAAUUAAUAAUCACAGAAAUUGUUAUAUUUAAAAUUGUUCCAUGACUCUACACAGUAACUGUGGCAUAUAAUGACACAUGGGUAAGAGAGGUUCUGAUGAAAACUACCUAGCUCAGAGAGACAUUUCAGAGAUGCAGAUAGAAAAGGCAUGACACGCUGUAU